AUUAAAAAGAAAAUGGCCCAAAGGAGCUCUGUAUUUCCUUCUCUUGUCACUGAAGAAAGGUAUAAUAUAUGGAAAAUAUGCAUCUAAGGCGAGUUAGAACCAUGCCCCGCCACAGCCAGUCCCUGACCAUGGCACCCUACUCCUCCGUGAGCCUAGUGGAGCAGCUGGAAGACAGGAUCCUCUGCCAUGAGAAAACGACUGCUGCCCUCGUGGAGCAUGCUUUCCGCAUUAAAGACGACAUUGUCAACAGUUUGCAGAAAAUGCAAAACAAGGGGGGAGGUGACCGCUUGGCCAGGCUUUUCUUGGAGGAGCACAUCAGAAACAUAACUGCCAUAGUGAAGCAACUUAACCGGGACAUUGAGGUACUCCAGGAGCAAAUCCGUGCCAGGGACAACAUUAGCUACGGAACUAAUUCUGCCUUAAAGACCCUGGAGAUGCGUCAGCUCUCUGGUUUGGGAGAUCUUCGAGGAAGAGUGGCAAGAUGUGACGCCAGCAUAGCAAGACUGUCCGCAGAGCACAAAACGACCUAUGAGGGGCUCCAGCACUUGAACAAAGAACAGCAAGCUGCUAAACUUAUCUUGGAAACAAAAAUCAAAGAUGCAGAGGGACAGAUUUCUCAGCUUUUGAACAGAGUUGACUUGUCAAUAUCAGAGCAGAGCACCAAACUGAAGAUGUCCCACAGAGAUAGUAACCAUCAGCUUCAGCUUUUGGAUACUAAAUUUAAAGGUACAGUUGAGGAACUCAGUAACCAGAUUUUAUCUGCACGGAGUUGGUUGCAGCAGGAACAAGAACGGAUAGAAAAAGAACUUUUACAGAAAAUUGAUCAGCUUUCUUUGAUUGUUAAGGAAAACAGUGGAGCUAGUGAAAGGGACAUGGAGAAGAAGCUCAGCCAGAUGUCAGCCAGACUUGACAGAAUAGAAGAGAGUCAAAAGAAGACUAUGGAAGGGCAGAGAACGAAGCAAGAAGAGGAGAAGGUGCACGGGCGAAUCAGCAAGCUGGAGCUACAGAUGAGUGAGGACAUGAAGGAAAUGAAAGCAGAAGUUAAUGCGGGGUUUACAGCCAUCUAUGAAAGCAUAGGAUCCCUCAGGCAAGUUCUGGAGGCCAAGAUGAAGCUAGACAAGGACCAGCUACAGAAGCAAAUCCAACAGAUGCAGAAGCCAGAAGCUCCCAUGUGAAGGCAGUCGGGACAAGGACCUAAAAGAAGGCAUUGGCAGUGGGGCUGGGAGUUGACACCUCUGUAGCCAGGCCAUCGCUGUAUUCAGGAUUGUUCCAUCCAUGGCGUGCAUGUACCAAGAAAUGUGUUUUCAUGGGUCUAAAUGUUUACCUGGAGUCUUGAAAACACUCUUCUGUAAAAGUAUUAACUACCAUUUUUACCAGUUUAUUUCACUUCUCUAAAUUCACUGGAAUUCCUAUCCACCCCCUGUAUUUUGAAAGGCUUUUAUCUUCUUCAUUUUAUGAAUCAAAAGACCUAACCAUUUUUCUUCAAUGCUUGAUGCUCUAGCCAAGACUAUUUAUUUACUAUUUUGAAAAAUGUCAUGGUGAUUUUUUUUUAAAUUAAGAAAUGAAUGAGUUGUCACAGGAAUGUGUUGCUCCUCAUUCCAAAUUAAGAGAAUGUCCCCUUAGAUUAGAAUUCAGCCUUUGAGUCCACAUUUGGAUUUUAUUGUUGUUUGUGCAUUUCUUAUAUUGGUUAUUUCCUGUAAAUCUUCUGUCUUUUGUAGGGGGAAGGGAUUUAACACUGAAAAAACUCCAUCAUUUAUGUAAUGAAGAUAGUUAAAAAAUUGAUAACUGCCAUAUAGAUUGCAAAUUAAGUGGAAACUUAAGACAAUUGUCUAGAUAAUGCAAGGCACAAUAUGUACGUUGACCACCUAGGUAUACCGGGUUUUAAUAUUUAAAACUAUUUUUGAAUUAUCCACAGCCUGUAUAGUGAUAGCCAUAUAUUUAAUAACGAAAUGGUGGUUAACAGUCUGUUUAUUGCACAGUUAAUUGUUCAUUAAUCAUAAUAGAAUGUGAUAAUUUUUCAGACUUUAUGAUCUCUCUAAAUGUUUUUGAAAUUGGCACAAAGUGCUAGAGUUUAUAUACACUUAUUGUAACUGUAUUCUUGUGCCUUGGUUUUAUCAUGUCAAUGCACUGUACCUAUAAAAGUUUUGCGGACAAAAUAGAAGGCAUGAUAAUUCAGCAGAAUUAUGAUGUAAAAAUGGGAUCCUAUGUAUUUUUUAAAUGUUCUAAAAAUUUUAUCACUGUUAAGACAUUAAUCAUUCGGUAUUAUUAAUAGAAUAGGAAUUCAUACUUUUGUAUGGACAAAGAAUCAAAUUGAUAUUGCAUUUAUAACACUGUCAAAAAACUUUCAUCUUGAGCAACUCUGUAGAUGAUGGGUGUUUUAUUUUCAAUCGCCAGAUUUGAUUAGUCAUUGAAUAUUGGCACCAGUGUUGUUUGUUCAGCUAUGUACGUAAAGACUGAUAGUGAGACACACCAUUCUAAACUGUGAAGGUGUCCCAGGAAAAAGAACAGGAAAACUUAAAAAAAUUAAAAAAAAAAUAAAAACAAAAACAACUUUUUUUUUUUUGUUUGCCAAGGACUCAGGUAAAUAAAAGCAUUUUCUAUUUUUAGGAUAAAUCAUAAAUGUAAUAUCUAACUGGCUAUUACUGUUUACCCAUAAAAAAAUAUGCUGCUAAAGUACAUAAUGUUUUACUCUCAAUGGCUUGACGAAAAAGUUUUUUUAAAUUUUGGACGUGAGAAGUUAUACAAGGAAUAUGUCAUCCAAUACAUACUUCCUUAUUUGUCACUAAUCUUUUUAUCUCUAUAUAAGACUAUUUCCACUUAAAGAAAAAAAAAAGGUUAAUGCUCUUUUGCAAUCAGAAAAUGAAUUUCUUUUUGUGAUAGAGUAAGCAGGUUCCAUGUAGUUCUCCACAUUUAAGUGCAAGCCACAGUGCAGAGAGCCACGCCCCCUCCAGCAUCUCUCUUCUCUAGGGGCUCCGAGGAGGAAGCAUCAGCACAUUUGACCUGAGAAGACGGUGACAGGGGACACCAGGUGGCCCAGGGGGUGAUGUAAGUGGGUGACACUCAGUUGUCAGCUGAAUUUCUCAGGUGCUUCUGAUGUGGCCAGCCUCAAGUUAAUGAGCUCCCGCAGGGGUUCUCCACCUUGGCUAUGCGUUGGAAUCACCUGGGGGAGUUUAAAAAGCUACUGAUGCCCAUUUGCCCCCAGACCAAUUAAAUCAGAACCUCUGGGAGGCUGGACGCAGGCAUCAGUGCAUGUCAGAGGCCCCCAGGUGAUGGCGUGUGCAGCCGAGGGGGUGGCCACCGAGCUACAGUGUAGUGCUCUUCUCACCAAAGUUUCAAUGAGAAUCAGCCUCCGUGUUCUUUCCUUUACCAGAAAUUUGCAAUAAAAAGAAUAAAAUUUCCAAAUAAA